CUGGAAACUACUUAUCCAAAAAACCAAGAUGGCGGCGAAAUCGAAAUAUUUGUGCAUUUUAUAAUAUAAAGGCUCUGUGUAAUAAUAUUUCGUCACAUUAACCUUGAGAAGUAUAAAAUUCAGCUAUUGUUGUACGUUUCCCCUGUAUUUUUUGUCGAAAAACAUAUCUCGUUACGGGUAAGUACAAAGAAAAGUACAAAAUGGCCCAGAAUCAAGAACAAGAUUUAAAGCAGGUAUUAAGCAUUAAAAAUACUUUCAUUCAAUUGAGAACCUGCAAUUUCCAAUCUUACUGGUCACUAUGGAUGGGAGGUUUUAUAUCAUAUGCACAUAAAGCCCCUUACUCUAUGACAGAGUACUGACUGGAUAAUUAUUGAAAACCUUGUAUCUGUGACAUUUUAGAUCCAGUCUUUUCUGCAAUCCUAUAACAAAUUAUCAGAACUUUGCUUUAUGGACUGUAUACAAGAUUUCACAAAUAGAACUAUAUCAAGUAAUGAGGUAUGUUUGUACUGAGUACCUUGACGGAUUGACAAUAUUAACACCAAGCACUUUUUCCUUGACGAGUAAAAUUUUAUGUGUUAGACAGUGUAAAAUAACACCGUAGAUUGUAUUAUAAAAAAUCGAUUAUAGAUACAGGCGUAUCUCAAACUAAUUUUUUCAUAGUAUGUGCAAUGUAAUGUUCUAAGAAAUCCAACUUGUUAUCUGGGAACAACUUGGAGGUUUAAUUAAUAAAUGAAUUAUUAAAUCUAAAUUAAUAAAUCUGCAUAAUCAUAUUAGAAAUUUUAGGUAAUCAUAUUAGCAACAAUUGUUUUAUGCAGGGUAUAAAAUAUAUUGGUUCCUUCUUUGUCUUAUUUCAGAAUGGUUGUGUAAUGAAUUGUGCUGAGAAAUAUCUCAAGAUGACUCAAAGGCUUACAUUGAGACUGCAAGAACAGCAACAAGUGCAAAGUGAAGGCCUCAUAUCUGCUGGACCAAAAUAACAACAUUACAAACUAUUAAUUAUUUAUAAGAAUGUUUGCUGAUUGUGAAACCCACAAUGACUGUGACUGGAUAUCCAUUGUAGUUCAGACUGGGUUCUGCAGGAACUUUCACACCUAGUAUGCUCAUAUUCAAAAAACAUAUAACUGGUCAACAAUUUAAUUUCAAAAUUUAUUUAUGAAAAUAUCUCCCAUGUUGAAAAACUAAAUAAAAAGCUAAAUUACAUGUUGAAAAUUUUAAAUAUAUUUUGUUAAAUUUUAAAUAUAAUAAAUUCAUCCAUCUUAGAAUAUAUAUUAAAUUAACACAUUAGAAAUUAUUAAAAUAUUUUACAGAAUAUAAAAGUCGUCUAUCUACUGAAUAUUUUCACGAAUGAUUUUAUGGGCGGUCGAUUUUCUAAAAAUGAAUAUAUUAGCUCAGCAUAAAUAGAGCCAUAUACAUGCAUACUUUUGCAUGCAUACUUUUGCAUGUAUUUGUGAAUGUAUCUUUCCAGUUUCAUUCCACGCUAGUUUCAAAUUUUGCAAUUAUUUUCUUUAAUAAUUAAUGGUUCAAAAAGUUGUUGAUUAACUUGCGACAUUUGCCACUCUUUGUAAAGCCCAGGUCAAACAGGGAUGCAAGGGAGUUGACGAGAGUCGUUAUUGUUAUAGGGACAUUUCAAGCUCUAGAUUAACAAAAUAAAGGUAUGACGAGUCUUCCAACUUCCAACCAUGUUUCAACUCACAUACAACACAUGAUAGUGUUUUAAAAAAAAGCAUUAAGAACAGCAAACCAAGGUCAUUUGACAGCCCGAACUCUCUCAUCAAAGCUCAUUCUUGUUUGACCAGGCCUUAACAUGGCUGUAUAAACACAACAAGUGCGCCAGAAUGCUCUCUCUUAAUUCGUUUGUCAUUUUAGUUUCAUGAAGAAAGUUGUAGAUGAUCCGAUCAUUUAACUUUAAUCGAAUGCCGAAAUAUAAUCGAUUAUUCGGUUAAGCUUUUAAAACAUACUCCAAGUUUUUCUUAUAUCAGCAACACGUCUUACGCUCCACCGCAGUGCUUCUUGGUAUGCCUUUACCAAUAUCCCCAUUCUCAGCAGGGAGAACUGUUACGGGAGAAGCUGGUAGAGGACUUUCUGCUCUGUACCAAGGUGUACCUGGUCGUAUACGUUCUUUUUGAGGUCGUUUUGAAAGAAUCGCUGAAAUAACGAAGUUCAUCGCAUCAUCUGAAAAAAAAAACAAGCAAUGACCGAAUCGAAAACUAUCCGUACCUUUUAGGAACGCUAUUUUCAGAGGAAUCAUUACAACGGAGAGAUUUUGU